UGGAUUUAUUUUCAGACUCUCUUGGGUGCUUGAGAAGAACCAUCCCCAUGCUACUCACACUGAUGAUUCUGGGCCUCAUUGGUACUUCUGAAAGUCAGACUGGAUGCUAUGGUGACAUAAACAAAGUUGAUACCACAGGGGCUUCCUGUAAAACUGCAAGAGCAGAAGGCCUAAGCUACUGUGGAAUUAAUGCUUCAGCAAAGAUGGCGGAGAAAGACUUACCUACUAUGAAUAAUUAUAAAGCCAUCAUUAAGAACGCUAGCAGAGCAAUUUGUAUGGAUCCAGCUGUGAUCACUGGCAUCAUCUCCCGAGAGUCAAAUGCUGGAACCCUCCUAAAGGAUGGCUGGGAUGAACUUGGAAAUAAAUUUGGUUUGAUGCAGAUUGAUAAACACAAACAUCAACUGUUUGGACCAUGGAAUAGCAAAGUGCACCUCAUUCAGGGCACAGGCAUCCUUGCUGAUAAUAUUAAAUUAAUCCAGAAAAAAUUCCCCAGAUGGACCAAGGAACAACAGCUGAAAGGUGGAAUUUCUGUCUAUAAUGCAGGACUAGAAAAUGUCCAAUCCUAUGAUAAAACAGAUAUUGGUACAACCAACAAUGACUAUGCCAACGAUAUAGUUGCACGAGCCAAGUAUUUUAAGAGAAAUGGAUACUGA